AUGCAUAAGAACCAGAAGGGCAUUGGGGGAAAUGCGGUUUUCUACAGACCAGUUGGAGGCGCAAAAGAAAUAAGAUCGGGAUACCUGUUCAAGUCUCCUCCCCAAAAACGGUUAAAGGCUGAGAAGUCUUGGAAGAGGAGAUAUUUUGUGUUGUUCAAAAUCAGUGAACAGGAACAUCAACUCAAGUACUUCAGGAGUCCAGAAAAGGACCGACCACUUGGAGGGAUCGAUUUAUCACAUAUCUCCCUGUUGUAUGUGAACCCUGAAAACCACCAGAGAUGGGGAUGGGUGCAGAAGAGUUUCAAGUGCUCCCCGUCCUGUGUGCUCUACAUCAGGGUUGCAGACCGGGACUACUUUCUGGUCGGGGAGUGCAGCGAGGAAGUGGACGGCUGGUUCUCCGACCUGUUUGAUGCCCUGAAAAACCGACCACAUAAAUUUGUCAGUUCAGAGGACCUGUCUGUUGGGCAGAACAUCAUUGAGAAUAUUUCAAAACCCAUUGCACGGAGAAAGAGUUUCAGCGCUGUGCCUGAUCAGCAAGAGUUAAAAAUACGAUCCAAAUCUGAUCCACCCUCACAUUUUAUGGAUGGAGAGACAGAAAAAGCAAAGGGUGAACACUACGCCAGAAGACGAUCAGCGCCAGUAAAUCCAAUCUACGACUAUCCCAAAUCUUUCUUCAAACAACAACAAGAAAUAUGAAACAAUGGUGGAAGUUAAACUUGCCCAAGCAGCGUAAGUUAGAUUUCUAAAGCUAGAGGGGAAAAUACGUCUUUCCUCAUAAUAAAAAAUAAUUGUUAAAGCUGAAAUCAUUUUCUGGUCUGUUCUAGUGACCGUGAAGUUGAAGAGGUCACGAGAGGCACCCUGAUGAGGUCCGUCACUCAGGUCUUUGACAAGCUGAAGACCCAGAUUUCACCGCUCCCUACGUUCGAUGAGGAGUCGCCCUUUGAAGACAGAGGUCGUCUCACUUCAGACUUCAGCAGCAGCUCCAGUGAAAACGGGGCCAUGUCUCCUGUAGAGAUGAUGGAGAAGCCUCAUUUAAACAGACUGUAUAAACAAAGCUCAACUGAAAGCCUCGACACCAUCACCCCGGAGGAGAGAGAAUUUGAGAUGAAGGUGGCGGAUUUGAAAAAACACCUGACGCUAACAGAAGUGGACGGAAAACCAAGUGUGUCAGGUUGGACAGGCCAGCCGCAGUCUGUGUGUCUGUUUCACAAAGAAGACCAGAUCCUGGCCAUCAAUGACCUGCACACCUGCAGCGUGGACGAGUUCAACAUGUUCCUCAGCAAGUCUCUCAAGAGUGAGGUGAAAGUGACCAUCCUUCGUCUUCCUGGAUGUCUCCCUCUGCACUCGCCAAACAUUCCCUGCAUUGACUGACAACCCACCAAUUUCUAGAGACGAAACAAUCCCUUCCACUCUACGUCUUUGUGUGUUUAAAUGACUUAAAGGGACCUCCCUUUUAAAGAAAAUACUUGGUUGGACAAAGUUUUGACCGCUUCAGACAACGGACUGUGUUUUAUGGAGAAGUGACGAGCUCUCUUUGAAACUCUUCUCAAAAUGUGCCACUUUUUGAUCCAGUAGAUUUCGCCCUUGAGCACCAGCAUUAAACGAAAACAAACUGCGGUUUGGGAACACCUCCGCUAUUCUGAAGCCUUCGCAGGCUAAUGUCAGCACACUUUGGUUAACUCAUAGCUAUAUUGCACAUACACUGACACUGAAUGACCGUGAUCUAAAGACACUUAUAUGUAAUUCUUCUUUUCUCUACUCCUUGACUUAAACAGCUUUAUACACAAGGCCGUCCUGUCCCUGUAAACAUGAUGUAAACACGGCUCCAGCCACAGUACAGCUGACGGUACUCACGCUUCUCUCUCAUUGUACAGUCAUGACUCAGAGAGACAUUUAUAGAGGAUAUACUAUAUUUACUGUAUGUGUAAAAAUGUUGCUCAUUCUUCCUUUAACCUGUCAUAGUUAAGUUCAACCUAGUUUACUCUGUACAUAAGUCUAGAAGAGUUUAAAGUGAAUGAAGCAGAUAAAAUGAAGGUUAUUGAAACAAAUCUCACACACAUAAUAUCUAAGAAGAUCAGGUGUAUUUACGUAACAAAUUCCUUUGUUCCAAAUAACGACUUUAAGCAGAAGUAGAGAAUGCAAAUGCUGUUACCGAUAAGUACUCUUAAGUUCAUUGUGUAUAUGUCAUGUAGAUAGAGGCUCAUUGUACUCAAACGCUGUGACUGGAAUGAAACGAAAGGCUGAGGGUACUUAGUCAUGUUUCCCCAAACGACACAAAAAACGUUCACAGGACAACAGUUCUGAUUCACAAGAUGAAGGAGAAAUUAAACAAGGCGUGUUGUGCCUUGUGCCUAACACCAACUCAAUACAAAAUAUUUUGUUACACAAAACUGUUGUUAUUUUGACACUUUUUUUCGACAUACACUGUAAAAUACAGCAGAAGCAACUAAAAGUGUUGUUUUACGUGGUUCAGAGUGUAAACACAGCCAAGAUUUCUGGUGAUUCUGGAUACGGGUUGCAGCUUUUCUUGCAGAAUCCCAAUUGUGACUUCAGUAAGAACACUUUAAAAAAAGAAAAAAUUUCACAACUAACCGUUGACGUCGAGCAGAAGAGUACAAAUGGGUUUUAGAAAAUAAAAAACGAUGACGAAAGGGAAGAAAACGUAGCGCCCAAAAUCUUCAUUUUUGAUCCCAAUGAAGACAUUAAGUGUGUUUUUGAUGAAUUUUCAAAGUCUAAUUGAUUUCCUAAGAAUGCGACUUAAGCAGUAACAGAUUCAUGACAAAGUGUGAAUGCCUGCGGUGAUGAUUCAUUUCCAGUCGGCCUGGUAUGCUGCACCUGUGAUACCACUUCUUUCUAAGCCGUGCCCUCUGAUGAGAAGACAAAGAGACGAGCACACGUUGCUCCAGUGUCUCGCUUAAACACAUGCUACUAGUUACUUCUCUGAUACAUCCAAAAUUGAAGUUUGAUUCAUUAUUUAUCUGAUAAGUGCUUCAGGAGACGACAAAUAAAAAAUAAAAGAUUUAGGAAAAACAGCAGUCUGUCAUGUCAUCCACUGCUCAGGGACAGUCUGGUGAAUUAAUAUGCCGACAGAACGGUGUUUCACCUCGGGCUGUGUUUCACCUGUUCCUCUCUGAUUCCAAACAGAAACAGUGACUGAGACAGCCGAGGACAAUUUGCUGAAAUGUAGCUCUAAUUCAAGUCGGAAAAUUACUUUUCAUCCUUUUUAAAAAUUAGGUCAGUUGCACAGAGCCUCUCCCAGAUAAAGAAAACGCCCAAUUGGCUCCUCUCCAAGGACUCCUCAAUUCAAGUGCUACAAACCAAUCACCAUUUUUGAAAUCAUGCCAAAGACCAGUGUCCUCAGAGGGCAGGGAUAAAGCUGGUCUCUAAACUUAACAUCAAAUAAUUUAAUCUUCAUUUGUUAAUACCCACAUGGGUUUUUUUUCCCACGACACUGUAUCAGCCGCGCAAAGCUUUUUGUUUCAAGUUUUAAUGGAGCUGCUGUAUGGAUCAGAUAUGAGUUCUGACAAGGCAAUUAUUCCGGAUGUUUAGUCUUUGAGGCUGUACUUUAACUGUGAUGCUCAAGCUGUGCUGUAUUAUAAAUGCACUUUAUUGUAAUGUAAUGCAAUCCUUUACAAGGCUGCAGAUGAUGAUUGUACUG